AUGGGCAACGAGGCGAGCUUGGAAGGGGAAGGGCUCCCCGAAGGACUGGCGGCGGCGGCGGCGGCGGCGGCGGCCGGAGGAGGGGCGGGCGGCCCCGGGAGCCCCUCGCACGCCGCGAUCCCGGCGGGCAUGCAGGCGGACCUGAGCCAGCUGAGCGAGGAGGAGCGGAGGCAGAUCGCCGCUGUCAUGUCAAGGGCGCAGGGGCUGCCCAGGGGAGGCGGCCCCCCGGCCGCUGCGGAGUCGCCUUCCAUGCCCAGGAAACAAGAGUUGGAUAGCAGUCGCUCUCCAAAGCAACCAGGAAAACCACCAGAUCCUGGGCGUCCAGCUCAGCCUGGUCUCAGUAAAAGUAGAACUACAGACACUUUCAGGUCAGACCAGAAAUUGCCUGGAAGGAGUCCUUCCACUAUUAGCCUGAGAGAAUCAAAGUCCAGAACUGAUCUGAAGGAAGAGCACAAGUCUAGUAUGAUGCCUGGUUUCUUCUCAGAGGUUAACCCUUUAAGUGCUGUCUCCUCUGUUGUAAAUAAAUUCAACCCUUUUGAUUUGAUAUCAGACUCUGAGGCAUUCCAGGAAGAAACCAAGAAGCCGAAAGUAGCUCAGAAGGAGCAAGGAAAACCUGAAGGGGUCACAAAACCUCCAACACAACAAUCGCCCAAGCCACAUACUAAGCAGCAAGGUCUUGUUAGGGACUCGGUUCCGCAGGAUGCCUCUCCCAAAUCAGUAUCUUCUCAACCACCAGAAAAAAUUAAAUCACAACCUGCUGCUACAGGAAAACCUAUCCAGGGGCCUCCCCAGCUUUCUCAGUCAGACCAGGCAAAAUUUCCACUUCAACAGGAUUCGACCAUGCCUCAGACUAAACAGUCAGAUACUACAAGGGGAGAAUCAGGUAAACCCUCACAGCAAAGCCCAGCCAAACCAUCCACUCAGCAAGCCACCCUUGGAAAACCUACUGCUGGAUCUGAUAAACCACAGCCUGCACCUGCAAAGCCAGGGCUAGCGAAGCCCCCAGUUCAACAGGCAGUGAAACCCCCAGUCCAGCCACAGGGAACCAUAAAGCCAACUCAGCAGGCUGAGUCAUCUCAGCAACCUGGACCAAAAUCUAUAGUUCAUACUCCAGGGCUUGGAAAGACUCCAGUUCAGCAGUCAGGGCCAGCAAAGUCCCCAGCCCAGCAACUGGCGACACCAAAAAUGCCAGCUCAACAGUCUCCAGCUAAGUUGUCUGGGCCCACAAAGACUCCUCCUCAGCAACCUGCACCAAUGAAGUCUUCAGCUCCACAGCCAGGCCUAGGAAAACCCCAAGUUCAACAGUCUGGCCCAGUAAAACCUACUCAACAUCCAGGUCCAGCAAAGCCUUCUACUCAGCAGCCAGGCCCAGCAAAGCCUUCCACUCAACAGGGUAGCCCAGCAAAGCCUCUACCGCAACAGCCUGGUCCAGCAAAGCUCCCCCCUCAACAGCCUGCACCGGCAAAGCUCCCACCUCAACAACCUGAACUGGCAAAGCCCAUUGAUCAACCACCUGGUCCAGCCAAGCCCUCUGCUCAACAAUCGACAAAACCAGCAAGCCAAAUGGUAACUGGGAAACCUCCACAACUACCAACGACUUCUCCAUCUGUGGCACAGACUCCAGUACAAAGCCUCUCUAAAACCAUCUGUCCUCUUUGCAAUACCACUGAACUUCUGUUGCAUGUUCCAGAAAAGGCCAAUUUUAACACAUGCACUGAGUGUCAAACCACUGUCUGUAGUUUCUGUGGCUUUAACCCCAAUCCUCAUUUAACUGAGAUAAAAGAAUGGCUCUGUUUAAACUGUCAGAUGCAAAGAGCUCUGGGAGGUGAAUUGACUCCAGUUCCAUCAUCACCUCAACCUAAACCGAAGACUGCAGCAGCAACCAGCAAAUCAUCUGGGCAGCCACAGCAGGCUUCCCCAAAGAAGGAUCCUGCACCCAAGCAGGAUAUUGCAAAGGCACCUGAGUCUAAAAAGCCACCACCAUUAGUGAAACAACCAACUCUUCAUGGUCCUGCUCCAGCUACCACCAAGCAGCCUCCUGUAGCAGAGGCCUUGCCCAAGCCAACCCUUCCCAAAGACACUUCGGUCCCUUCAUCUGAGCAGGCCAAGGCCCCCAUUGUGGAUGAUAAACCAAAGCAGCCCCAGAUGGUAAGACCACCUGCAGAUGACACUGAAUCUUUGUCAUCAGUGGUAACAAAACCUGAUAUAUCCAGCUCCCCAGUGCUGUCUCAAGCUGAAGAGAAAACCCCUCCUGUUAAAACAGAAUCCACAAAACCCUCACAAAGUUUUCCACCAACCGGAGAAAAAGUCACCCCAAUUGAUUCUAAAGCUAUACCUCGACCUGCAUCAGAUUCAAAAAUUAUCUCACAUCGUGGUCCCAGUUUAGACAGUAAAGAUCAAAAACCAGUUGAUCCAGUUCCAAAGAAGGAGGAACCCAAGAAAGCACAAACCAAAACGAGUCCUAAACCAGAUGUCAAGCCAAUGACGAAAGGGUCACCUGGGCCCUCUGGGCCACGAUCUACCACUGGCCAAACUACUCCUGCCUCUCAACAGCCCCCAAAGCCUCCGGAGCAAUCUAGACGUUUCAGUCUGAAUCUAGGAGGUAUCACUGAUGCUUCUAAAUCACAGCCUACAACUCCUCAAGAAAGUGUGACUGGGAAACUCUUUGGGUUUGGAGCAUCCAUCUUCAGCCAGGCAUCAAACCUAAUCUCCACAGCAGGCCAGCCAGGACUUCCUUCGCAAGGUGGGCCUGCAGCCCCACCUAAACAAGCCCCUCCCCCCUCACAGCCGCCGCCUUCUCAGGGGCCACCCAAGUCCACAGGUCAGGCCCAACCAGCCUCUGAAAAGGUUAUGCCUCCAAAAAAGGAAACGAAAGCUCCUGGAGCUGAAAAGUUAGACCCCAAAGCUGAACAGGCUCCAAUGUUGAAAAGACAAGAAACUGAUAAGAAGCCUCUGGCUGUUAAGGAUAGCAAACCUCCAGCCACGGAGCCUCAAAAGGCUGACCUUCCUGUCAAGCUUGAGAAAACAAUUAAACCAAAAUCAACCUGUCCUCUGUGCAAAACUGAACUCAAUGUGGAUUCUCAGGAUCCCCCUAACUUCAAUACGUGCACUGAAUGCAAGAAUCAAGUAUGCAAUCUCUGUGGAUUUAACCCUACUCCUCAUUUGACUGAGAUUCAAGAAUGGCUUUGUUUAAAUUGCCAGACUCUGAGAGCAGUUUCUGGGCAGCUUGGAGACAUGGGCAAAAUGCCAUCUGCCCCAGUGGGACCCAAGGCUUCCCCUGUGCCUGUCCCUGUAGAACCAUUUGAGAAAGCAGCGAUACCUGCCCAGGUUAAUAUCAAAAAGAAGGAACUGGAAGUAAAAACUGAAGCUGAAAAAUUAAUUCCAGAAAAAGAAACACCUUUAGUUGAAAAACCUUCCUCAAAAGUAACCACAGGUCAAAAAGAAGAGGAGAGAAAACUGGAGAGAAAACUAGAGAAAGACAAAGUUUCAACCCUUCAAGAAAAGAAGCCACCCUCAGAAGAAGAAAAAACAAUCUUAGAAGAAAAACAGUUAAUUCUGGAAGAGCAGAAAGCAGCUCCUGAAGAAAAGAAGCUACCUCUUGAGGAAAAGAAACCAAUCCCUAGAGACAGAACGGCACCCUCAGGAGUAAAAACAGUGCCCCUAGAAGAAGAAGUAAAGUAUGAUGUACUUACAACUGAAGCACAGAUUUCUGAAGAAAAGCCUCAAAGUAUAGAGGUCCCAGUUGCAAAACAAGAGAAACAACCACACACCAAAGCAGACAAGUUACCAGCUGGUACACCUCCCAGUUUGCCUAAAGAAGAAGACAAGACAACCAUAAAGGUGAAAGAACAGCCGCAGGCAGUGGGCAUUGCAAAAUCUGAUCAAGUGGAACCUGGGAAAGAAAAAACAGAAAAGGAAGAGGAUAAAUCAGAAACUUCAAGUUCUCAGCAACCUAAAAGCCCACAAGGACUCAGUGACACAGGCUAUUCUUCUGAUGGAAUAUCAGGUUCUCUUGGUGAAAUUCCAAGUCUUAUUCCAAGUGAUGAAAAGGAUCUGCUAAGGGGACUCAAAAAGGACUCCUUUUCACAAGAAAGCAGCCCUUCCAGCCCUUCAGACUUAGCAAAGUUAGAAAGUACAGUGCUAUCCAUUUUGGAAGCUCAGGCAAGUACGCUUGUUGAUGAAAAGUCAGAAAAGAAAAUCCAGCCCCAUAUGGUUUCUUCCGAGCAAUCUAAAGAUCAACAGAAAACUCAAAUUUUAUCUGAAACCCUGGAAAGUACUAUUUCAAAAGAGGAGCUCAAGGAGAACCAAGAAGAAAGGAAAGACUCUUCAAAAAAAGAUAGCCUACAAAGUAUUCCAUCCAGUAAGGACCACAAAGAAAUAUCUGCAUUUGUGGAGGAUGUAAUUGCAAGAAGGCAGCCCUAUGACUCAGUUGAAGACAGCAGCGAAAGUGAACACUCACCUGUUCCCCAAAGAAAACGUAGAACCAGUGUUGGUUCUUCAAGCAGUGAUGAGUAUAAGCAGGAGGACAGCCAGGGAUCAGGGGAAGAAGAAGACUUUAUUCGGAAACAAAUCAUAGAAAUGAGCGCUGAUGAGGAUGCCUCGGGUUCUGAAGACGAAGAGUUUAUCAGGAACCAACUCAAAGAGAUUAGUAGUAUCUCGGAGAGCCAGAAGAAGGAGGACACAAAAGUGAAAGGGAAGGGAAUGGCAGGGAAACACAGGAGACUAACUCGAAAAAGUAGCACAGGCUUUGACGAUGAUGCAGGAAGGCGUCAUUCAUGGCAUGAUGAGGAUGAUGAAACAUUUGAUGAAAGUCCUGAACUUAAAUACAGGGAAACUAAAAGCCAGGAGAGUGAAGAACUUGUUGUCACUGGGGGAGGAGGGCUACGUCGGUUUAAAACGAUCGAACUCAAUAGCACCACGGCAGAUAAAUACUCUGCAGAAUCAUCACAGAAAAAAACCACUUUGUAUUUUGAUGAAGAGCCAGAACUAGAAAUGGAAAGCUUGACAGACUCACCAGAGGACAGGUCAAGGGGAGAAGGAUCUUCUAGUCUCCAUGCUUCUAGCUUCACUCCCGGCACAUCCCCUACAUCUGUAUCCUCACUUGAUGAGGAUAGUGACAGCAGCCCAAGUCACAAAAAAGGUGAGAGUAAACAGCAGCGCAAAGCUCGGCACAGGUCACACGGCCCACUUUUACCUACUAUUGAAGAUUCUUCAGAGGAAGAAGAAUUGAGAGAGGAGGAAGAACUACUAAAAGAACAAGAAAAGCAGAGGGAACUAGAACAGCAACAAAGGAAGAGUUCCAGCAAGAAAUCAAAGAAAGAUAAAGAUGAACUUCGAGCUCAGAGAAGGAGGGAAAGACCAAAGACACCGCCUAGUAAUCUGUCUCCCAUCGAAGAUGCAUCUCCAACAGAAGAAUUACGUCAGGCAGCAGAAAUGGAGGAACUCCACAGAUCCUCUUGUUCAGAAUACUCACCUAGCAUCGAAUCAGAGCCAGAAGGUUUUGAAAUCAGCCCAGAAAAAAUAAUAGAAGUACAAAAAGUAUACAAAUUGCCCACAGCUGUGUCUUUAUACUCCCCAACAGAUGAGCAAGCUGUUAUGCAGAAAGAAGGUGGUCAGAAGGCAUUAAAAAGUGCUGAGGAGAUGUAUGAAGAAAUGAUGCACAAACCCCACAAAUAUAAAGCUUUUCCAGCUGCAAAUGAACGAGAUGAAGUGUUUGAAAAGGAGCCUUUGUAUGGUGGUAUGUUAAUAGAAGAUUAUAUUUAUGAGUCUUUAGUAGAAGAUACAUACAAUGGGUCUGUAGAUGGAAGCCUGCUAACAAAGCAAGAAGAAGAAAAUGGGUUUAUGCAGCAGAGAGGAGGAAGAGAGCAAAAAAUAAGACUUCCAGAGCAGAUUUAUGAAGAUCCUAUGCAGAAAAUUACAGACCUCCAGAAAGAGUUUUAUGAGUUAGAAAGCUUACAUUCACUUGUACCUCAACAAGACAUUGUUUCCAGCUCUUACAUUAUUCCAGAAAGCCAUGAGAUAGUGGAUCUGGGUACUAUGGUUCCAUCUACCAGUGAAGAAAAAAAAUUGUUGGAUGCUGAUGCUGCCUAUGAAGAACUCAUGAAACGACAACAGAUGCAGUUAACACCUGAUACCACCCCCACUCACCCCACCAUUGGGGAGGACAUGAUAGAGUCCACUUUGGACUUUGACAGGGUUCCAGAUGCAUCUUUGACAUCGAGUGUCCUCUCAGGAGCAUCCCUUUCUGACUCAACCAGCAGUGCAACACUCUCUAUUCCUGAUGUUAAAAUAACACAACAUUUUUCCGCAGAAGAAAUUGAAGACGAAUAUGUAACCAACUAUACAAGAGAAAUUCAAGAGAUAAUUGCCCAUGAGUCACUGAUUUUGACCUACUCAGAGCCUUCGGAAAGUGCUACUUCUGUUCCGCCAUCUGACACACCUUCUCUCACAUCAUCUGUGUCUUCAAUUUGCACCACAGAUAGCUCUUCGCCCAUUACUACCUUGGAUAGCAUAACCACAAUUUAUACAGAGCCAGUGGACAUAAUUACUAAGUUCAAAGAUUCAGAGGAAAUUUCUUCAUCAACUUAUUUUCCAGGCAGCAUUAUAGACUACCCAGAAGAAAUAAGUGUGUCUUUAGACCAAACCACUAUGUCAGAAAGUAGGAGUUCUGACCAAGUUGGAAUUUUCCUAUCUGACAUAACACCUUCAGUCACAUCAGUAGGAACUAAAGUGGAAGAUCUAAUGACUGACACUAUUUCCACUGACUGUCCUGUACCUGAAAAAGAGUCUAUAAAAAAAGGAAAGAAGGAAACUGGAGAUGGAGUUAUUCUGGAGGUUUUAGAAGCUUAUGAAGAUAAGAUAAAGGAGAAUGAGGAUGAAUUAGCAAAUAUGAGCUUAUCUGAAACUAGGUUUGAGAAACCAAUGUCUUCUGCAGUAGCUCCACCAAUAAAAGAGCAGCUUUCAGAUGCGUACUCAAUAUCCAGAAAGGUCUCUGGUCAGGAAAACCUUCGAUCACAGUUACCAUCUGGCACUCCUCGUGUUUCCUCCCGUCCAACGAAAUCUCACCCAUUUUUCCGAAGUACUUCUUUGGACAUAUCAGCCCAACCUCCCCCACCUCCUCCCCUCCCCCCUCCCCCUCCUCCUCCCCCUCCUCCACCUCCUCCUCCCCCACCAUUACCCCCUUCAACUGCACCUAAACCACCAAUUCAUCCUAAAAAAAAAUCAUCAGUUGCAGCUCCAGUGACUACAACCACUGCAGGCACACUCCUGGCUGAUGCUGUUAUUGCUAUAGAGACCACAGCCGCUCGGAGGAGUGAUGGGUUACCUGGGACAAAAAUAUGUACCUCCGCACCUCCUCCUGUUCCUCCUAAGCCUUCUUCAAUUCCUUCUGGACUUGUAUUUACACACAGACCUGAGCCUAGCAAACCUCCCAUUGCUCCCAAGCCAACAGUUCCUCAACCCCCAGUAACCAUACAGAAAACACCAGAUGUGCACCCUAAACCAACAGGUCUAUCACUAACUUCAAGUAUGUCCUUAAACUUAGUGACUUCUGCAGAUUAUAAAUUACCUUCCCCCACCUCUCCCCUUUCCCCACACUCUAACAAGUCCUCCCCUAGAUAUUCUAAAUCUCUCAUGGAAACUUACGUGGUUAUUACAUUACCAUCUGAGCCUGGGACUCCAACAGAUUCUGCAGCUAGUCAGGCAAUUACCAGUUGGCCCUUAGGAUCACCCCCAAAAGAUCUGGUUUCCCUUGAACCAGUGUUUUCUGUAGUCCCUGCUACAACAGCUGCAGAAAUGCCAAGUUCUUCACAACCGAACUUGUAUAUCUCAGGAGCUUUGGAGCCCUUUUCUGCUGUCCCUGUUGCAACUCCAUCUUCGUUUCAAGUGGGUCCAACUUCACUUCAACAGUUUCCCACAACCAGAAUCUCAAAGCCGGAAGUUUCAGCAACCAGAAGUACAGUCCCAAGUGUUGGUCCCAGCAGUAUUUCUAUAUCAAUUCCUCCAGAGCCUCUUGCACUCGAUAACCUACAUUUAGAAAAGCAUCAGCAUAAGGAAAAUGGAAAGUUGCAACUUGCUAAUGAUGUCAUUGAUUUGCGAACAAUACCAAAACCUGAAGUUAAAGCAACGGAGAAAUGUAUAGAUCUUUCUGCUUCUGCAACAGAUGUGAAAAGACAGACCAUAGCACAUGAUGUUUAUGGGAGACAGAUUAGUGCUGUCCAGCCUUCUAUUAUAAAUCUCAGUGCAAGUCCAUCAUUAGUGACUCCAGUAACCCUGGACACUCACAUGACUAUUGUCACUUGCACAGCGACUACAAGUUACACAACAGGUACAGAAAGCCUGGUGGGUAUAGAGCAUAAAAUGAUAACACCGCUCCAGCUUACCACAAAGCCUGCUGAGUCUCCAUACAGGACACCAAGUGGCCAGGCCUUUCCCACAGUUAGGGAAGAAGCACCAAUAAACUUGUCUUUAAGUACUUCAGCACAUGCAGGGGCAGCAGCUGUCUCUGUGCCUCCUGUUGGUGUCACAAAUGGAUGGACUGAUGGUACCACAUCCCAUGGAAACAUUGAUGGGGAAGUGGUAGAUCUCAGUACAACGAAGUCUCAUAAAACUGUUGUUACAGUGGAUGAAUCUACUUCAAAUGUGGUAACCAAAAUAAUAGAAGAUGAUGAAAAGCCUGUUGAUUUGACUGCUGGAAGAAGAGCUGUGUGCUGUGACAUGGUUUAUAAGUUACCUUUUGGAAGGAGCUGUACAACACAGCAGCCUGCCACUACUCUUCCCGAGGAUCGCUUUGGCUAUAGGGACGACCAUUAUCAAUAUGAUCGAUCAGGGCCAUAUGGUUAUAGAGGGAUUGGAGGAAUGAAACCAUCCAUGUCGGAUACCAAUUUAGCAGAAGCUGGGCAUUUUUUCUAUAAAAGUAAGAAUGCUUUUGAUUAUUCUGGAGGAACUGAUGCAGCAGUAGAUCUAACUUCAGGGAGAAGUACAACAGGUGAGGUAAUGGAUUAUUCAAGCAAGACUACAGGUUCAUAUCCAGAAACACGACAAGUCAUUUCAGGAGUUGGGAUUAGUACCCCUCAGUAUUCCACAGCAAGAAUGACUCCACCUCCAGGACCCCAAUAUGGUGUGGGGAAUGUUUUGAGGUCAUCUAAUGGUGUUGUCUAUUCUUCAGUAGCAACGCCAGUCCCCUCCACCUUUGCUAUCACCACACAGCCUGGCUCCAUCUUCAGCACCACUGUGAGGGAUUUGUCUGGUGUUCAUGCCGCUGAUUCAGUGACUUCAUUAUCCACCCUGCAGCAGACACAGCCAAUGCCUAGGUCAUAUUUCAUAACAACAGGUGCAUCUGAAACAGACAUUACAGUGACUGGUGUUGAUAUCAGUGCCAGUUUGCAAACCAUCACUAUGGAAACUCUGACUGCUGAGACCAUAGACACUGUCCCCACGUUAACCACAGCAUCCGAUGUGUUUCCUGAAGUGGUGGGAGACGAGAGCAGUCUUAUAAUUGUCCCUGAAGAAGACAAGCAGCAACAGCAACUUGACUUAGAACGGGAGCUCUUGGAAUUGGAGAAAAUUAAGCAGCAACGCUUUGCGGAGGAACUGGAGUGGGAACGUCAGGAAAUUCAGAGGUUCCGAGAACAAGAAAAGAUCAUGGUUCAAAAAAAACUGGAGGAGCUGCAGUCUAUGAAGCAGCACCUUCUCUACCAGCAAGAAGAAGAACGCCAGGCCCAGUUCAUGAUGAGGCAGGAGACACUAGCCCAGCAGCAAUUACAGCUGGAGCAGAUACAACAACUGCAACAGCAGCUUCACCAGCAGCUCGAGGAGCAAAAGAUUCGCCAGAUCUACCAGUAUAACUAUGACCCUUCUGGAACUGCUUCUCCACAAACCACCACAGAGCAGGCCAUGUUGGAAGGCCAGUAUGCUGCCCCUGAAGGAGGGCAGUUUUGGGCCACUGAAGAUGCCACAACCACAGCUUCUGCUGUGGUGGCUAUUGAAAUACCACAGAGCCAAGGGUGGUACACAGUUCAGUCAGAUGGUGUGACUCAGUACAUUGCCCCACCAGGCAUCCUGAGCACUGUUUCAGAAAUACCUCUGGCAGAUGUUGUUGUAAAAGAGGAAAAACAGUCUAAAAAGAGAACCUCUGGAGGUAAAGUUCGGGGACAGUAUGAUGAGGUGGGAGAAUCUAUGGCAGAGGAUCCUAGAAAUUUUAAGAAAAUCAUGGACAGUGGUGUACAGACAGACGAUGAAGAUGCUGCAGAUCGGAGUUAUGCAAGCAGGAGAAGAAGAACUAAAAAGAGUGUGGAUACCAGUGUGCAAACUGAUGAUGAAGAUCAGGAUGAAUGGGAUAUGCCUUCCAGAUCAAGGAGAAAAGCCCGUGUUGGGAAAUACGGCGACAGCACGACAGAGGCUGACAAGACCAAACACCUUUCCAAAGUCUCCAGCAUAGCAGUUCAGACAGUCGCAGAGAUAUCUGUGCAGACUGAACCAGUGGGAACCAUAAGAACACCCUCCAUACGAGCACGAGUGGAUGCCAAGGUAGAAAUAAUUAAACAUAUUUCAGCACCUGAAAAGACUUACAAAGGGGGCAGUUUAGGAUGUCAAACAGAAGCAGAUUCAGACACACAAAGCCCUCAAUAUCUGAGUGCCACAUCUCCACCCAAAGACAAGAAACGCCCAACACCUUUAGAGAUUGGGUAUUCUUCCUCUCACCUUCGGGCAGAUUCCACAAUCCAGCUGGCUCCUUCCCCACCCAAAUCUCCAAAAGUCCUUUAUUCACCCAUCUCACCACUUUCACCAGGCAAAGCCUUAGAAUCAGCCUUUGUACCUUACGAAAAACCCCUCCCUGAUGACAUAAGUCCACAGAAAGUACUGCAUCCAGAUAUGGCUAAAGUUCCCCCAGCAAGUCCUAAGGCAGCCAAGAUGAUGCAGCGUUCUAUGUCUGACCCCAAGCCUCUGAGUCCAACAGCAGACGAAAGUUCCAGGGCUCCUUUUCAGUAUACCGAGGGCUUCACGACCAAAGGUUCUCAGACCAUGACACCCUCUGGCACCCAGAAGAAAGUUAAGAGAACACUCCCAAAUCCACCUCCAGAGGAGGCUUCCACAGGAACUCAGUCAACCUACAGUACCAUGGGCACUGCCUCCAGGAGAAGAAUCUGCAGAACCAACACCAUGGCUCGAGCCAAGAUUCUCCAGGACAUAGACAGAGAACUUGAUCUUGUCGAAAGGGAAUCUGCCAAACUGAGAAAGAAACAAGCAGAACUGGAUGAAGAAGAAAAGGAAAUAGAUGCCAAGCUUCGAUACUUGGAAAUGGGAAUUAAUAGGAGAAAAGAGGCAUUACUAAAGGAGAGAGAAAAGAGGGAGCGAGCCUACCUGCAGGGUGUAGCUGAGGAUCGUGAUUACAUGUCUGACAGUGAAGUCAGCAGCACCAGACCAGCCCGAAUAGAAAAUCAACAUGGCAUUGAGCGACCCAGAACAGCUCCCCAGACGGAAUUCAGCCAGUUCAUACCACCACAAACUCAAACAGAAUCCCAACUUGUUCCUCCUACAAGCCCUUAUACACAGUACCAGUACUCUUCUCCUGCUCUUCCUACCCAAGCACCCACCCCUUACCCACAGCAGUCCCAUUUUCAGCAACAAACCUUGUACCAUGGGCAAGUCUCACCUUACCAGACUCAGCCAACUUUCCAGACUGUAGCAACAAUGUCCUUCACGCCCCAAGCUCAAACUACACCAGCUCCACAACCAUCUUAUCAAUUACCAUCUCAAAUGAUGGUGAUACAGCAGAAGCCACGACAAACCACAUUAUAUUUAGAGCCUAAGAUAACUUCAAACUAUGAAGUGAUUCGCAAUCAACCCCUUAUGAUAGCACCUGUGUCUACUGAUAAUACAUAUGCCGUGUCCCAUCUUGGAAGUAAGUACAACACUUUAGACUUGAGAAUAGGUUUGGAAGAAAGAAGUAGCAUAGCAAGCAGCCCUAUUUCAAGUAUAUCUGCAGAUUCUUUCUAUGCAGAUAUCGACCAUCAUACUUCACGAAACUAUGUCCUCAUUGAUGAUAUUGGCGAGAUUACCAAAGGAACGGCAGCAUUAAGCACGGCAUUUAGCCUUCAUGAAAAGGACCUUUCCAAAACAGACCGACUACUUAGGACAACUGAGACCCGCCGGUCACAAGAAGUCACUGAUUUCCUAGCACCUCUGCAGACUUCGUCCAGAUUACAUAGUUAUGUGAAAGCAGAGGAAGAUCCAAUGGAAGACCCUUAUGAAUUAAAGCUUCUGAAACAUCAGAUUAAACAAGAAUUCCGCAGAGGGACAGAGAGCUUAGACCACCUCACUGGUAUUUCGCAUUAUUACCAUGCUGACACGAGCUAUCGACAUUUUCCAAAAUCUGAGAAAUACAGCAUCAGUAGACUCACACUUGAAAAACAAGCAGCCAAACAAUUACCAGCAGCCAUACUUUAUCAAAAGCAGUCGAAGCAUAAGAAAUCACUCAUUGACCCUAAAAUGUCAAAGUUCUCACCUAUUCAAGAAAGUAGAGACCUAGAACCUGAUUAUUCGAGCUACAUGACCUCUAGUACGUCAUCAAUCGGUGGUAUUUCCUCUAGGGCAAGACUUCUUCAAGAUGACAUCACGUUUGGCCUCCGAAAAAAUAUUACAGACCAACAAAAGUUUAUGGGCUCAUCUCUUGGCUCAGGACUGGGUACGUUAGGAAGUACCAUCCGCUCAGCUCUGCAGGAUGAAGCAGAUAAACCAUACAGUAGUGGCAGCAGAUCGAGACCUUCCUCCAGACCUUCUUCUGUCUACGGACUUGAUUUAUCAAUUAAGAGGGAUUCUUCCAGCUCUUCACUAAGGCUAAAAGCUCAAGAAGCUGAAGCUCUUGAUGUUUCCUUUAGUCAUGCAUCAUCGUCUGCCAGAACUAAGCCUACUAGUUUGCCAAUUAGCCAGAGUAGAGGAAGGAUACCAAUUGUGGCUCAGAAUUCUGAAGAAGAAAGUCCACUCAGUCCUGUGGGCCAGCCAAUGGGAAUGGCUAGGGCGGCAGCUGGACCUCUGCCACCCAUAUCAGCAGACACAAGGGAUCAGUUUGGAUCAAGUCACUCAUUGCCUGAAGUUCAGCAGCAUAUGAGAGAAGAAUCACGGACUCGGGGUUACGACCGUGACAUAGCAUUCAUCAUGGAUGACUUCCAGCAUGCCAUGUCAGACAGCGAAGCCUAUCACUUGCGUCGUGAAGAAACGGAUUGGUUUGAUAAACCCAGGGACUCUCGUUUGGAAAAUGGACAUGGACUGGACCGAAAACUACCGGAAAGAUUGGUGCACUCUAGACCACUCAGUCAACAUCAAGAGCAAAUCAUACAGAUGAAUGGGAAAACUAUGCACUACAUCUUUCCUCAUGCCAGGAUAAAAAUAACCAGGGACUCUAAAGAUCACACCGUUUCAGGUAAUGGAUUGGGAAUUCGAAUUGUGGGAGGUAAAGAAAUCCCUGGACAGAGCGGAGAAAUUGGAGCCUACAUUGCCAAGAUUCUUCCUGGUGGAAGUGCAGAACAAGCAGGGAAACUCGUGGAAGGGAUGCAAGUAUUGGAAUGGAAUGGAAUCCCUUUAACUUCUAAGACAUAUGAAGAAGUACAGAGUAUCAUUAGGCAGCAAAGUGGGGAAGCAGAAAUAUGUGUAAGACUGGAUCUCAACAUGCUAUCUGAUUCUGAAAACCCCCAGCACCUAGAACUCCAUGAGCCACCAAAGCCUGUGGACAAGGCGAAAUCCCCAGGAGUUGAUCCAAAGCAGUUGGCUGCCGAGCUCCAAAAGGUUUCGCUACAGCAGUCGCCUCUGGUGUUGUCAUCGGUGAUGGAAAAAGGAUCCCAUGUUCAUUCGGGCCCCACAUCAGCAGGAUCCAGCUCUGUUCCCAGCCCAGGACAACCAGGGUCUCCCUCAGUGAGCAAAAAAAAACAUAGCAGUAGCAGCAGCAGCAGCAGCAAGCCUACAGAUGCCACAAAGGUUGUCUCUCAUCCAAUUACGGGAGAAAUUCAGCUUCAAAUCAACUAUGAUCUUGGAAAUCUCAUAAUACAUAUUCUCCAAGCAAGAAACCUUGUUCCUCGAGACAACAAUGGAUAUUCUGACCCCUUUGUUAAAGUGUACCUUCUUCCUGGAAGAGGUCAAGUCAUGGUUGUCCAGAACGCCAGUGCCGAGUACAAGAGAAGGACUAAAUAUGUCCAGAAAAGUCUGAAUCCUGAGUGGAAUCAAACAGUAAUUUAUAAAAGCAUUUCCAUGGAACAGCUAAAGAAGAAAACCCUGGAGGUGACAGUUUGGGAUUAUGAUAGAUUUUCUUCAAAUGACUUCCUUGGAGAGGUAUUGAUUGAUUUGUCUAGUACAUCUCACCUUGAUAACACUCCUAGGUGGUAUCCGCUCAAGGAACAGACUGAGAGCAUUGAUCAUGGCAAGUCCCAUUCCAGUCAAAGUAGCCAGCAGUCCCCAAAGCCUUCUGUCAUCAAAAGCCGAAGUCAUGGUAUCUUCCCUGACCCAUCCAAGGACAUGCAGGUUCCAACCAUUGAGAAAUCUCAUAGUAGUCCUGGUAGCUCCAAGUCAUCAUCUGAAGGCCAUCUCCGUUCUCAUGGACCAUCUCGCAGUCAAAGCAAAACCAGCGUUACUCAGACCCACCUGGAAGAUGCAGGGGCUGCAAUAGCUGCAGCUGAAGCCGCCGUGCAACAACUCCGCAUUCAACCAACCAAGCCUACCAAUCACCGGCCUGCAGACAGCUCCGUAUCCACCGGCUCCUCUGGCAGCAGCUUUGGCAGUGGGUAUAGUGUGGACAGUGAAGGAAGCAGCGGCACUGCAGGGGAGACUAAUCUAUUUCCUAUUCCAAGGAUUGGGAAGAUGGGACAGAAUGGACAGGAGCCUGUAAAACAGCCAGGAGUGGGAGUAACACUAGCAGACACUGAAGUUAAAACUCAAGUGAUGGGAGAAAUAAAGAUUGCCUUAAAAAAGGAAAUGAAAACAGAUGGUGAACAACUUAUAGUUGAAAUUCUUCAGUGCAGAAAUAUUACUUACAAAUUUAAGUCUCCUGACCACUUACCAGAUUUAUAUGUGAAAAUAUACAUAAUGAACAUUUCUACCCAAAAGAAGGUGAUUAAGAAAAAGACAAGAGUUUGCAGACAUGAUCGGGAGCCUUCAUUUAAUGAAACUUUUAGAUUCAGCCUAAGUCCUUCUGGACAUUCUCUUCAGAUUUUGCUAUUCUCCAAUGGAGGAAAGUUUAUGAAAAAGACCUUGAUUGGUGAAGCUUGUAUCUGGUUGGAUAAAGUGGAUCUCAGAAAAAGAAUAGUCAACUGGCACAAACUUUUGGCUAGCUCCAAUCAAACACAUUGA